GUUUGUUUUUGUGUUUGUGAGUUAGAGGAAGGAAAUGGGGUGACUAAGACGAUAUGCAGCUGGAGGUGUAGUAUCGCAGCUGCUGAGAAUAUCCCAUCAGCAUUUUUCACUCUUUUGGUGUGUACUUGAUCUCGAUACUUGCUUGGUCAACAUUCAUUUUUUUAGCAGUUUUUUUUCAGGCCAUUUUGGCCGAAGUUCGCGUUUUUUCUGUUCUUAUGAAGCGUAGUUGUUGCUAUCCGAUCGGAAUCGAUCUCCAAGUUUCUGUCAAUUGUUUUGGUUGCUGAUCAGGAGUUAUCACCAUUAUUCUUUUUAAUUUUUUUGUGUGCAUCUGAUUUGCUAUUGUGAAGCAUACUGAAGUAAGGAGUUGCAUUUGUGUGAGUGGUGCUGAAUUGAGCAGUGUGGCUUGAUUAUCUUGGUGAGUGUUCAAGGACUGAGGCAUGCUGAACUUCAAAGGCUGUUUUAGGAUAAUUGGGUGGUGAAAAUCCAUUAAUUUGUUAUUCUGGCCUGGAUAAAUUACCUUAGAUUUUAUUGCUGGUAUAACAACCAGGCUUUUGCAACAUCCAAACCAGUAGUGUUGUUGUUCUUUGCUGGAGUCAUGGCAACCCUGCUACAUCAGGAGUCCAGGCGCAUGUAUUCUUGGUGGUGGGACAGCCACAUUAGCCCAAAGAAUUCGAAAUGGCUUCAGGAAAAUCUUACAGAUAUGGAUGCCAAAGUCAAAGCAAUGAUCAAGCUCAUUGAAGAAGAUGCAGAUUCUUUUGCAAGGAGAGCAGAAAUGUACUAUAAGAAACGUCCGGAGCUCAUGAAAUUGGUUGAGGAAUUUUACCGAGCUUACCGUGCGUUGGCUGAGAGAUAUGAUCAUGCAACUGUUGAGCUCCGUCAGGCCCAUCGAACCAUGGCAGAAGCAUUUCCCAACCAAGUAUCCUAUGCACUGCCUGAUGAUUCACCGUCUGGGUCAUCAGGCCCUGAAGCUGAGCCUCACACACCAGAAAUGCCGCAUCCCAUACGUGCAUUGCUUGAACCUGAUGACCUGCAUAAAGAUUCCCUGGGACUCUCUUCAACCAACUUACAUGCUUUGAAAAGGAAUGGAGGGUACUCAGAAGAAUCAAACUCUGGAAUAAGCAAAAGGGGUUUAAAGCAGCUCAGUGAGAUGUUUAGGCCAGGAGCAGUACUGCCAGAAUGUUCAAACGUUGAAGGAAGGAUAAAAAAUCGUCAUAACAUUGAUGAAGCAGAAGAGAACAAACACAGUUUGCAAGAAAGUUUAUUUCAAUUUUCAAGUGAGAACCAGAGUCUUGCGGGUAAAGCUGACAGUGAAGUUGAAGCCUUAAAGAAAACACUUGCAGAGAUUCAAGCUGAGAAGGAAUCCGUUCUUCUUCAGUACCAACAGAGUUUGCAGAAGUUUUCUAGCCUGGAGACAGAACUUAAACAUGCGCAAAAAGAUGCUGGAGGGCUUGAUGAUCGAGCUAGCAAAGCAGACAUUGAAAUUAAAGUGUUGAAGGAAGCGCUUAUCAAAUUAGAAGCUGAGAGGGAUGCCAGGCUUCUUCAGUGCAAUGAUUGUUUGGGAAGAAUAUCUAGUCUGGAGACUCUGAUCUCCCAAGCCCAAGAGGAUUCGAAAGGACUUAAUGAGCGAGCGUCUAAGGCGGAAAUAGAAGCUCAAAAUCUCAAGCAAGAACUCUCUAGAUUUCAGGCUGAAAAGGAAGCUGGUCUUCUUCAGUACAAGCAAUGUCUUGAGAUGAUAAAUGCACUGGAGAAAAAGAUUUCACUUGCCGAGGAAAAUGCCAGAAUGCUUAACGAACAAACUGAAAGAUCAGAAGCUGAAAUUAAAGCACUGAAGCAAGCCCUUACCAGACUGAAUGAAGAAAAAGAAGCCACAGCUUUCCGGUACGAGCAGUGUUUGGAGAAAAUGGCUAAGAUGGAGACUGAAAUUUUUCGUGCCCAAGAAGAUGCGGAACGACUGAACUAUGAAAUUCUAAUGGGAGUUGUAAAAUUAAAGACCGUGGAACAACAGUGUGAUCUGUUGGAGAGAUCAAAUCAGUCUCUGCAGGUAGAGGCAGAAAGUCUGGCCCAGAAGAUAGCAGUGAAGGAUCAAGAACUUUCUGAGAAGCAAAAAGAGCUGGAGAAAAUUCAGGCUUUAAUGCAGGAUGAAAACUCACGUUUUGUCCAAGUUGAAGCCACUCUUCAGGCUUUACAGAAGGUGCAGUGUGAAUCUCAAGAGGAGCAGAAAGCUCUUAAAUUGGAGCUUCAAAAUAAGCUUCAAACACUUGAGGACUUGGAGAUAUGCAAUCAUGAUUUGGAGGAAGACAUCCAGAAGGUUAAAAAGGAAAAUCAGAACCUGAUUGAAUUGAACGAUUCUUCUACUACUUCAAUAAACAAUCUACAGAAUGAAAUUCGCAACUUGAGGGAGAUGAAAAAGAAACUUGAAGAAGAGAUUGUACUCCAAGUGGCCAAAAGUAAUGCCCUUCAGCUGGAGGUUCACUAUUUGAAGGAGGAAAUCAUUGGGUUAAAUAGGAGAUACCAGGCUUUAGUGGAGCAAGUCCUCUCAGUAGGUUUGAAUCCUGAAUUCCUUGAAUCAUCGGUGAAGGAGUUGCAAGGUGAGAACUCAAAGCUGAAAGAAUUCUGCCAACAGCAGAGGGAAGAGAAAGAGGCUCUAUAUGAGAAGUUGAAGAACAUGGAUAGUCUUUUGGAGAAGAAUGCUGCUCUUGAGAGUUCAUUGUCAGAAUUAAGUGGCAAGUUUGAAGGGUCAAGAGAGAAGGUCAAGGAAUUAAAGGAGUCCUGUCAAUUUCUCCGGGAGGAUAAAUCCUCUCUUGUUGCUGAGAAAACUACCUUGCUUUCUCAGUUACAAAUUAUGACUGAGAAUAUGCAGAAGCUCUUGGAAAAAAAUGUAUUGCUGGAAAAAUCACUUGCUGGUGCAAAUGUUGAGCUUGAAGGUUUGAGGGCAAAGUCAAAGAGUUUAGAAGAAUUCUGCCAGUUGCUCAAAAAUGAGAAAUCAGAUCUCCAAAAUGAAAGAAGCACCUUAGUCUCUCGGCUUGAAAAUGUUGAAAAGAGACUUGGUAACCUGGAAAACAGGUUUACAAGAUUAGAGGAAAAAUAUACUGAUCUUGAGAAGGAGAAAGAAUCCACACUUAGUCAAGUAGAAGAACUACGAGACUCUCUUAGUGUGGAGCAACAAGAGCGUGAAUGUUAUGUAAAUACAAGUGAGUCCAGAAUGGCAGAUCUGGAAAACCAUUUGCGUCUACUGCAAGAAGAAACUAGGAUGACAAAGAAAGAAUUUGAAGAAGAACUGGAUAAAGCUGUAAAUGCUCAGGUCGAGAUCUUCAUUUUGCAGAAGUUUAUAGAAGACCUGGAACAAAAGAACUUAUCUCUGUUAAUAGAAUGUCAGAGACAUAUUGAGGCCUCCAAAUUAUCAGAUAAACUGAUAUCCGAGUUGGAGUGUGAAAAUCUUGAGCAGCAGGUGGAAACAGAAUUCUUGUUGGAUGAGAUUGAAAAUCUGAGGAUUGGAAUUUUUCAAUUGUUUAGGGCUCUCCAAUUUGAUCCUGUUAACUAUCAUGAAGAUAAGAUUGAAAAGGGGCAAAUCCCAAUCCCACGUAUUCUGGAUAAUAUAGAGGACCUGAAAAGUUCACUCCUGAGUAGUGAGGAUGUGAAGCAGCAACUAGUAGUUGAGAACUCAGUGCUUUUAACUUUACUCGGAGGAAUGAGAUUAGAGGGAGCUGAACUUGAGUCAGAGAAGACAAUCUUUGAGCAGGAGGUUAUGAUCAUGACCGAGCAAUGUGCUAUGCUGCAAAAAGAUAAGGAUGAGCUCCUCGAGAUGAACAGGCAGUUAAUGUUAGAAGUGAGCAAGGGAGAGCAACGACAGAACACAUUAACAGGUGAAUUGGAAAAUCAGGGCAUAAAGCUGAUGAGUUUGCAGGAGGCUUACCUGGCAUUGCAACAAGAAAAGUCCAAGCAGAGUGAGGAAAACCGACUUUUGCUUGAGAAAUUUUUGGUCCUAAAAGAUGAGAUGUGUGUACUUGAAGAGGAAAAUAGUGUGAUACUACAGGAAGCACUGGAUCUCAGUAACCUCUCUUUGGUUUUCAAGAGUUUCGGAAUUGAGAAAGCUGAGGAAGUUAAAGCUCUUACUGAAGAUCUCAACUGUCUCCGUAUGAUUAACAGUGACCUCAAGGAGAAGGUUGAAUUGCUAGGGGACAAAUUGAAAAUGAAAGAAGCAGAAGGUCUACAACUAAAUGAAACGGUUGACAAGUUGAACAAGGAGCUGCAUGAAGUCAAAGAACUCAAUGAGCAAUUGAAGAAUCAAACUUUUGCUGGGCAGGAUUCUCUGAGAAAGAAGGCCACAGAGCUUUUAGAAGCAGAACAGAAGCUUAAGGCUGCACAUAACUUGAAUGCGGAAUUGUGCAAAACUGUUGAAGAACUUAAGGAGGAGUGUGAAGACUUAAAACUUAUUAAAGGAAACAUAGAGAAACGAGUUCUUGAAGUAUCCGAAUAUUGCACAAGACAAAAAAGGGAAAUUGAAUCCCUUUCUGAAGUAAAUAGAAGUUUGGAGUCUGAAGUGGGUAUGUUACAUGAGGAGGUUGAAGAACAAAGGAUUAGAGAAGUGUACUUGAGUACUGAAUUGCAGGAGAGAUGCAAUGAGUUUGGACUGUGGGAGGCGGAGGCUUCGUCAUUUUAUUUUGAUCUGCAAAUUUCUUCCACCCGUGAAGUUCUACUUGAAAAUAAAGUAUAUGAGCUUACUGAAGUUUGUGAGAGUCUUGGAGAUGAAAGUGCCACAAAAAGUUUGGAGACGCAACAGAUGAAAGAAAGAGCUGGAUUCUUGGAAAGUGAAAUUGGAGAAUUGAAGUCCCAACUGUCUUCAUAUGUUCCUCUAAUAGCUUCCCUGAGAGAUAAUGUGGCAUCUUUGGAGCACAAUGUCUUUCGUCAGAAAAAGAAUUGUCCAACAAGCAAUGAAGAGCAAAUGAGUUCAGAAAUGGCUGGUCAACUUCAUCAAAUGAACUGUCAAGAACCCAAAGAUGUUCAAUGCAUUAUGGUUCCAGAUGGAAUUUCAGAGUUGAAGGAGAUGCAGACUAGAAUUAAAGCAGUUGAAAAGGCAGUAGUUGAAGAAAUGGAAAGGUCCCAAAUACUGGUUAAUGUAAAACCUGGCAUCAAAGUGGAAGAUGAAAUAACAGAGACUGAAGAUUUGACUUUAAGAAGCGCCUUCUCAUGUGAGGAAAAAGAAUUUAAGGAGGAAAAGAUGGGAAUUGAGGACGAGUUCAUUGAUAAUCCAAAGUUGCAGAAGAGUAAACUUGAAACCUCUGAGAUUCCGAGUAGAACGUCAAUGAAAGAUAUUCCACUUGACCAAGUCUCGGACUGUUCAUUCUAUGGAAGAAGCAGGAGAGAGAAUAGUGGGGCCAACGAUCAGAUGCUCGGGUUGUGGGAAUGUGCUGACCAAGAUAGUGGUCUUGAGUCAAUGGUCAAUAACACACAAAAAAGAGCAGCUGCACCAGUGGCAAAUAUCCCCAUCCAUCAUCAUUCCAGGAAUGUGGAUCAGGACAAUCCCUCUUCAGAAUUGCAAUUUGAGAAGGAGUUGGGUGUUGACAAGCUAGAGUUAUCCGGAAGCUACAGAGAGCCAAAUAAAGGAGGGGGCCAGAGAAAGAUCUUGGAGAGACUUGCUUCUGAUGCUCAGAAAUUGACGAAUCUUCAAACAACUCUGCAAGACUUGAAAAAGAAAAUGGAGAUGGACAAGAAGAGCAAGAAGGGCAAUGAUCCUGAGUACGAAACAGUGAAAGAACAGUUACUAGAAGUCGAGGAAGCCAUUCUUCAGCUGGUGGAGAUGAAUGAUCGGUUGUCAAAAGAUACUGAAGAGAGCCCCACAUCUUUGGAGGGGAAGUCCUCAGCAGAAUCUGAAGCAACAGGAGAUAUCUGCAGAAAAAAAGUGACAGAAGAGGCACGUAAAGGGUCCGAAAAGAUUGGACGAUUGCAGCUUGAAGUGCAAACUAUCCAAUAUAUUUUGCUGAAACUGGAGGAUGAAAAUAAGUCAAAAGGAAAAUACAAGUUUUCAGAAAGUAAAACAGGUGCGCUUUUGAGGGACUUCAUUUACAAUGGUGGGAGAAGUAGCGGGCGGCGGAAGAAGGGGUGUUGUUUAUGUGGGUGUGUGAACCUUCAACAACUAAUGAAUGAAGAGUGA